GCGGAGGCGGUGGCGAUGCUGUCCGGUUCCCUGGCGGCGGCCGCGGAAUGCGAGGACGCGGAGCUGCGGUGCCGCGUGGCUGUGGAGGAGCUGAGCCCCGGCGGGCAGCCGCUCAUCUCCCCACUACCCCCUGUCGUGUCCUUGAGUCCCCGCGACUCCGGUGCACCGAUCCUUUGCAGACCUGCGGAGGCGGAGGCGGUGGCGAUGCUGUCCGGUUCCCUGGCGGCGGCCGCGGAAUGCGAGGACGCGGAGCUGCGCGCGGCGCCGGGUCCCGGGCCGUCCUCCGCCCGCGCGCAGUUGCUCGGCCCGCGGCCCCGCGACUUCUUCACCAUCAGCCCCGUGCAGCCCGAAGAGCUGCGGCGCGCGGCGGCCACCCGGGGCCAGGACGUGACAUUUACCACGGAGUCGCGGGUGGGGGCCGAGCCCAACACCGUGAGGACAGGAAAGGGGGAAGCCCCAAGGUGGCCCCUGCCUGUGAAGAAGCUGAAUUUGGCCCCCUCCAAACCACAGCUUUCUGAGGAGCAGGCUGCAGUGCUGAGGGUCGUCCUGAAAGGCCAGAGCAUUUUCUUCACUGGGAGUGCAGGGACAGGGAAGUCUUAUCUGCUGAAGCGUAUCCUGGGCUCACUGCCUCCCACAGGCACUGUGACCACCGCCAGCACGGGGGUGGCAGCCUGCCACAUCGGGGGUACCACCCUCCAUGCCUUUGCAGGCAUCGGCUCGGGUCAGGCUCCCCUGGCCCAAUGUGUGGCCCUGGCCCAGCGGCCAGGUGUGCGGCAGGGCUGGCUGAACUGCCAGCGGCUGGUCAUCGAUGAGAUCUCCAUGGUGGAGGCAGAUCUAUUUGACAAGCUAGAGGCCGUGGCCAGAACUGUCCGGCAGCAGGAUAAGCCAUUCGGAGGGAUCCAGCUCAUCAUCUGUGGGGACUUCCUGCAGCUGCCGCCUGUAACCAAGGGCUUCCAGCCCCCACAGUUCUGCUUCCAGGCCAAGAGCUGGAGGAGGUGUGUCCCGGUGACCCUGGAGCUGACCAAGGUGUGGAGGCAGGCAGACCAGACCUUCAUCUCUCUGCUGCAGGCUGUGAGACUGGGCAGGUGCUCAAAUGAGGUGACCCGCCAGCUCCAGGCUACGGCCACCCACAAGGUGGGGCGAGAUGGAAUUGUGGCCACCAGGCUCUGCACCCACCAGGAUGACGUGGCUCUUACCAAUGAGAGGCGGCUGCGGGACCUGCCAGGUGAGCAGGGAGCCAGGGCUGGGUAGGACCAGGACCCUGAGCAAGCCCGGACUCUGGAUGCCCAGUGUCCUGUUAGCAAGCUCCUUCAGCUAAAGCUGGGGGCCCAGGUGAUGUUGGUGAAGAACUUAGCGGUGUCCCAGGGCCUGGUGAAUGGUGCCCGAGGGGUGGUGGUCGGCUUCGAGACUGAGGGGAGAGGGCUGCCCCAGGUACGGUUUCUAUGUGGAGUCACCGAGGUCAUCCGUGCUGAACGCUGGACGGUGCAGACCACUGGGGGCCGGCUCCUCAGCCGGCAGCAGCUGCCCCUCCAGCUGGCCUGGGCCAUGUCCAUCCACAAGAGCCAGGGCAUGUCCCUGGAUUGCGUGGAGAUCUCCUUGGGCCGCGUGUUUGCCAGUGGCCAGGCCUACGUGGCCCUUUCCCGGGCCCGCAGCCUGCAGGGCCUGCGUGUGCUGGACUUUGACCCCACGGUGGUUCGCUGUGACCCCCGUGUGCUACGCUUCUAUGCCACCCUGCGGCGGGGCAGUGGCCCCUGCCUGGAGUCCCCAGAUGAUGAUGAGGCCGCCUCAGACCAGGAGAACGUGGAUCCAAACCUGUGAGCCACAAAGAGAAGACAGAAGAUGGCCUCCCGCUCCUCCCACUCCUGAGUGAGCUAGGACCCCAGGAGAUAGCAGGGGAGGAUGGUCAGUGCCCAUUCUCCCGUUGUUAGGGUCUCUCAGCCUCCUGGCACGGGUACAGGGAUAAUGCUUCCCACCCGUUUGCCAGCUGUGCCUCAGUUUCUCCCCUUGCACUGGGUGAGCUGCUUCCAGGGUCAGGAAUCGUCUUUCUGUGCCAGUGGGGAAUGGGCCUGUGGUGGCAUCUGGUGUUAGAGGACAGAGGGCUGGCCAUGGGACCACCGUCAUGAGGGCCGCCCGCUUUGGGCUGCAGAGGGAGAGGUGUUCCAGGGGCAGGAAGAGGCAUGUGGGUCCUGUGGGACUCAGGCCGGUACAGGCCCCAAAUGGAGAAGGGACCCUGAGGUAAUUUCAUAGCCAGGCCCAGCCUCGCACAGCCAGGACCAACACCCGCCUGAGCCUGACGUGAGGACACGCACAGCACACUGUGCGCCUGUCUCUUAAGCUGCUUUUUGGGGAAAGAAAUAGUGAGUGAGGAUUGAAAUGGAUGUUCUCCGGUUGAGUUUAUUUAUUUAUUUAUUUUAAUAAGUAUUGUUGAAAGU